UCUCACACAACGAUAUCCAUUUCCACCGUUCGUCUGCCGGAAGUUUCUGGGGAAAAUUGCAGGAGACUAACGAGUUCCAAUCGACUUCGAUGAAAAUGAGUUCGGCACAGCAAGAAUCAGGGAGCAAUGAUGUGUGCCAUGCCCGCGUCAACAAAACCGACAAGACACGUCGGAGUUGGACCAUCAAAGAGGAGGAGACCCUCAUUCACGAGCUGAAGGAGUUGGUUGCUCAAGGAUGGAAGUCCGACAAUGGAUUCCGAGCAGGCUAUUUAAAUAAGCUUGAAUUGGCGAUGAAGAACGUAUUCCCGGGCACGGACUUGAAAGGUAUGCCACACAUUAACUCAAAGAUUUGUGCUUGGAAGAAAAACUACUACAGCCUCUGUUUGAUAUUUCGCGUUACUGGAGUUGGAUUCAAUGUGCACGGGGACCACAUGAUAGAUUGUACCACUGAACAAUGGGAGCAAAUCGUAAAGAAAGAUUCAAAUGCCCGAAACAUGAGGAAGAAGUCGUGGCCAAUGCUUGAUGCUUGGAAAGAAGUCUUCGGCAAAGACCGUGCGACAUGCGACAAUGCCGAGGACCUGCUUGAUGCUGUUACCGACAUGUAUCAGCAUCGGAAAAUGCCACAGAACACACCUGAACCCGAUGGUGAUUACCACGUUAAUCUCGACGACGUGUUUGAGGGCGAGGCUGUGGAGGAGAGCACUGCUCAAAGUACUAAGCUUGAAGCGACUACAAGCGGCAACAAGAAAAAGCGUAAGCAAAGUGAUGAGUCGGGGAAUGUCUUCGCUUAUUUGGGUGAGAUCAGUCGAAACACUGGUCAGAGGCUGGAUACUCUGUCAAGCCGUGUCGGUUAUGAAUUUGAUGUCAGUAAGGCGAGGAAAGAAGUAUUUGAGCAGGUCAGCCUCCUUCCGGAUCUCAGUCUUGAACAAAUAUUCGACGUGACUGAGCUCCUUGCUUAUAAGGUGGAGCGACUGGAUAUCUUCCUUGGCCUGCCGGCAGAGGCUCGCUUUGCAUACACGAUGCGGCUCUUGCAGGGGAAGAGCAAAUGAAAUUGAAAAAAUGGCUCAUGGUUUUUGGCCAUUCUAUUUUGUAUGGAAAAAUUGAUGGCGGUUGCUUCUUCUGCUCUAUGAAGUAUAUGAUGCAUAUGUCUGCCAUAUCAAGUAUAUGAUGCAUAUAAUAUGGUAGUAGUUUGUAGAUUUUGGUCAUGUGCCGAGGACUCUUUAUGUAGUUUUCCUGUUUUAUGUGGCAGCGAUUGUGGAUAUUAUGUUUAUGAAAUCAGCUGCUCUUAUCAAUAUUGUGGAUAUUAUGUUUAUGAAAUCAGCUGCUCUUAUCAA